UUUCUUCAGAGAGAGCUUAUUGUUACAAAGUUUAGAUUCUUCUUGAACAACAUGUCGAAGUCAGAAGAAGAAGAUAUCGCUACUAGUACUAGUUCGCAAUCCCUACAAGUUCCUGGAAAAGAAACAGAAGCCUCUGUUUUUGCUAAAAGAAAAGAGAAAGAGAUGAAGAAAGAGACUCGUCUCGGAAUCUCUGCAAAGAAAGAAGAAGACUUCGCGAGUUGGUACUCUCAGGCUUGCAGAUUCGGUGAGCUCAUAACCCUCUCCGACACAAAAGGACUCUACAUCCUAGAGCCAACAGCAACAAAGAUCUGGAACAUCCUAAGAAGUUACAUGGACGCAGAGCUCGAAAAGUUAGGUAACGUGGAGGAAAAGAAAUUCCCCAUGUUAAUAAAACGUGAUUCCCUCGAGAAGGAGAAGGACCACAUCGAAGGGUUCAAGCCUGAGGUUGCUUGGGUCACAAGAGCAGGUGAACAUGAUCUCCCAACACCGUACGCUCUACGUCCAACCAGCGAGACCAUCAUCUACCCUUACUUCAGAAACAGGAUUAGGACACACCGUGAUCUCCCGAUGAAGGUUAACCAGUGGGUUAACGUUGUUAGAUGGGAGGUUAGCGACCCUAUCCCGUUGAUCAGAGGUCGCGAGUUCGAUUGGCAGGAAGGUCACAGUGCCUUCGCCACCAAGGAAGAGGCUGAUGAAGAGGUUCUUGAAGUUUUGAACGUCUACUCUCGUGUCUACGAAGAUCUUCUUGCGGUUCCUGUGAUAAAAGGUCGAAAGAGCGAGAAGGAGAAGUUUGCUGGUGCGGAUUACACCACAAGCGUCGAGGCUUUCGUGCCAGCUACUGGUCGUGGUGUACAAGCAGCGACCUCGCAUUGUUUAGGACAGAACUUUGCGAAGAUGUUUGAAAUCACAUUUGAAGACAAGGAAGUGAGGAAAGACAAGAAGAAGUCAAUGGUGUGGCAGAACUCGUGGGGUUUAAGUACAAGAUCGAUAGGAGUGAUGGUUAUGACACAUGGAGAUGACAAAGGCUUGGUGUUGCCUCCAAAAGUGGCACGUUAUCAAGUCGUUGUGAUCCCUGUUCCUUUCAAAGGUGCUGAUACCAAAAGGAUCUCUCGAGAGUGUCAAGCUGUUAGAGCCUCAUUGCAAGGUGCUGGGGUACGUGCUGUAGUUGAUGAGCGAGAGAACUACGCUUGUGGGUGGAAGUAUGCAGACUGGGAGAUGAAAGGAGUGCCUUUGAGAAUCGAACUCGGUCCAAGAGAUUUGGAGAAGAAUCAGGUGAGAGUGGCGAGGCGUGACACUGGAGCGAAGAUGGAUGUGUUGAGAGUGGACUUGGUUGAGAGAGUCAAGGACUUGUUGGAAGAGAUACAGAGAGAUCUCUAUGCUGUGGCGAAGAGGAGGCUUGAAGAAAGCAUUCAGAAGGUUGAAACUUGGGAUGAGUUUAAGGAAGCUCUGAGAGGGAAGAAGCUGGUUUUAGCUCCAUGGUGUGAUGAAGUUGAGGUGGAGAAUGGUGUAAAGGAGAAUACUAAAGGUGAAAACGAAGCAGGAGCUAAGACUCUAUGCACUCCCUUUGAACAGCCUGAACUAAGGGAAGACACUUUGUGCUUUGCAUCAGGAAAGCCAGCCAAGAAGUGGACCUAUUGGGGAAGAAGUUACUAAGCUAUAUCUGCUUAUACGUCUGAUGGCAUCUUUAGGAUUGCUUUUCAUCUGUUUCGAUCUCUUUUUUGAAGUUAGAUUCGCAA